UCCUAGUCACGUCCAGACUACAGCGGGAAGAGCGUCCCUGUGGUGGCUCGGCCUUCUCCUCUCUGAGAAGAGGAAGCCCCGGACCUCGGGAGCAGGAAGUGGAAGGCCAAACACCCAUAUGGGUGCUCCAAUCCACUGCACCCACGUGGAAGACACGGAGGAAGCUCCUCAUUCCUGGCUUCAGAUCGGCAUAGCUCCAGCUGUUGCGGUCAUCUGGGGCGUGAACCAGCGGAUGGAAGACCUCUCUGUCCAGAAACUGCUCAGGUGUGGGUGUAGGUGGUUGAGCAACAGGCAGUCCUGCCUUCUUGAUUCCCCAUAAAGAUACAGUUCUCUGCAGUGCAUCUGAGAAGCAGCAGACAACCCAAAUUCUUGAGUCCCUGCCGCCAUGAGGGAGACUUGGAUGGAGUUCCAGAUCCGAGCUUUGAUCUGACCCAGUCCCAGCCAUUGUGACCAUUUGGCUUUAAGGUGAUUGACGAGGACAGAGUCCCUAAGCUGCGAAGAGACUGAAUUUUGGAAACUACGUCCAGAACUCCACAGUGUGUAUUUAGGUGCUCUUCCCUCAGGCCUGCAGGUGGACAGCAAGAGCAACAGUGAUGAUAGCAUUUGAAGACCUGGCUGUGUUCUUUACUUGGGAGGAAUGGCAGAACAUGAACCAAGCUCAGAAAAUCCUGUACAGGGAUGUGAUGCUGGAGACCUACAGCAGCCUGUCCUCCAUGGGGCACUGCAUGACCAAACCUGACUUGAUCUUCAAGUUGGAGCAAGGAGCAGAGCCCUGGAUGGGGGAAGAAUGCCUACAUCAGAGCCUUCCAGUUGCCAUGAAACUGGAUGAACUGAUUAAAACCAACCAGAAAAGUCUGGAGAAAAAUCUGAAUCAGAAUGUUAUGAAAAAUAAUAACACAUUAACUCCCAAGAGAGUUGAAUUCAGAAAAACACUUAAUUUAAGUAUAAGCCAUAUUCCAAAACUGAGUAUCAAAAAGAGAAACUAUUCAGGAAUAAAACCUGAAGAAUGCAGUGUAUGUCAGAAUGUGUAUCCCCAUUGUGGGCCUGAUCAGCUACAAGCUGGAGAGAAAUUUGAUGCUACUACGGUACCUGGGAACACUCUCCAGUUCUGUGAGCCUCUUAAUCAACAGCACAAAAUUCAGACCAUGGAGCAGGCACUUGAACAAAUUGGACAAGGGAAAGUCUUCAAAAGGAAGAAUAUAUUCUAUGAAUCUGAGAAGCUUUUUAUGGUAGAAACCUGUAAUAAGCCAACUGCUACUAUUGGCAAGACAACUCAAAUACUACAAGAUUUCCAUAAAAAGUCUAACCUCAGUAUACAUCAACAAAGUCCCAAAAGAGAGAACGUUUAUAAGAAUAUUGGGCCUGUGGGACCUGUCAUUUACCAAUCACAUUUUAGAAUGAAUCAUAGACCAAAUAUAGAGAAGAAAUCGUAUGCAUGUAAAACUUGUGGGAAGUCAUUCAGUAAUAAAUUCUGCCAUCCCCUCCAUCACAGCACUCAUAUAGUGGAAAACCCUCAUGUGUGUAAUGAUUGUAGAGAAACCACUCACCAGAAGUCAGGUGUCAUUAGACAUGAGAUAAUUCACACAGGGUUGAAAUCUUAUAAAUGUAAUGACUGUGGGAAGUUCUUUGACCAGAAGAAACACCUCAUAAAUCAUCAGAGAAUUCACACAGGGGAGAAACCUUAUGAAUGUAAUUAUUGUGGAAAAACUUUUGGCCAGAAGUCACAACUCAAAAUGCAUCAGAGAAGUCACACAGGGGAGAAGCCUUAUGAAUGUAAUGACUGUGGAAAAGCCUUUGGCCGGAAGUCACACCUCAUAAAUCAUCAGAGAAGUCACACAGGGGAGAGGCCUUAUGAGUGCAAUGACUGUGGAAAAGCCUUUGGCCAGAAGUCACAACUCAAAAAGCAUCAGAGAAUUCACACAGGGGAGAAGCCUUAUGAAUGCAAUGACUGUGGAAAAGCCUUUGGCCGGAAGUCACACCUCAUAAAUCAUCAGAGAAGUCACACAGGGGAGAAGCCUUAUGAAUGCAAUGACUGUGGAAAAGCCUUUGGCCAGAAGCCACACCUCAUAACUCAUCAGAGAAGUCACAGAGAGGAUAAGUGUUAUGAAUGCGGUGACUGUGGAAAAACCUUUGGCCGGAAGUCAAUCCUCAGAAAUCAUCAGAGAAGUCACACAGGGGAGAGGCCUUAUGAAUGCAAUGACUGUGGAAAAGCCUUUGGUCCCAUCCUUGCAUACCGAGGAUAAAUCCCACUUGGUCUGGGUGGAUGAUCUUUCUGAUGCAUUGUUAGAUUAAAUUGGCCAGAAUUUUGUUGCGGAUCUUUGCAUGUAUGUUCAUCAGGGAAAUUGGUCUAUAAUUACUUUCUCUGUUGUAGUUUUUUCAGGUUUAGGAAUGAAGGUGAUGCUGGCUUCAUAGAAAGAAUUUGGGAGAAUCACCUCUCUCUCAAUUGUUUUGAAUAACUUGAGAAGAAUUGAAGUUAGUUCUUCUUUAAAUGUCUGUCAGAAUUCAACAGUGAAGCCAUCCAAUCCUGAGAUUUUCUUUGUGGCAAGGGUCUUUAUUACUGAUAUCAUUUCCAUCUGGUUGUGGGUGUGUUUAGUUUUCCUAUAUCUGUGUUGCUCAAUUUAUGUAGGUUUUAUGGAUGUCAGGAUGGUGGAAAGCCUUUUUGCUGUAAUUCAUAACUCAUAAGAUAUCAGAGAAUUCACACAGGGAAUUUUCUAUAUGACCUUUUUGUACAAGUUAUAUCUCAUGAAAUAUUAGAGAAUUCACCAAGGGGAGAAAUGCAUGAAUGUAAUAAAUGUGAAUAAGCCUUUGUGGUGCAAAUCAGACCUCAUCAAACAUAAAAGAAUUCUCAUGGGGAGAAAUUUUAUGAAUGUAAUGACUCAGAGCCUUUUACCAUAAUUCAGCCCUCACUGUACAUCAUCAAAUUCAUAUAGGGAAAAACCCCUUUGAAAGUAAAAUCCCUUUAAUUAGAAGCCAUACCUCAUAAGACAACAGGGAAUUCACAUGGGAGAGAAACAUUAUGGGUGUAAUGAGUGUUGGAAAGCUCUGCCCAAAUCUCUCCUUAUAUCAGAAUGCACAACAUAUAUAUCUAAUGAAUGAAAUACAUGUGAGAAAGCCAUUUCACAUAAGUAAUGCCUCAUAAUCCAUCAUGGAGCUUGAACAAGGGAGAGACCUUAACAAUAUAAUGAAGGUGGAAGAGCUUUUCCCCAAAAUUCAUGUACGUAUUGUGAUAAAACCUUUUGCUGGAAAUCACAUCCUAUCUAACAGACUCAUGUAAUGGAGAAAGCUUAUAAAUAUUAUUAGUGUGAAAAGAUUGUCAGAAGUCAAUGGUACAUCAGAGAAUUGACACAGGUGGUUUCUUAGGAGUAUAAUGAUUGUGUAAAAACAUUUUCUUUAUUUCAGGCUUGUAUAGAUAUAGAAUUCACAAAAGGUAAUAUUCUUUGCAUGCUGUGAAUUUGAUAAAACUGUUAGCCAGAAAUUAGACAUCAACAGACUUCAGAGGAUUCAUAAGGAACAAAAUUCCAUGCAAUGACUUUGGAAAAAGUAUUUCUGCUGUAAAUCAGUCUUUAAUUCCCAUGAACAGACUCACAAAUGAGAAAACAUGCAUGCAUAGAAAAGUUUUGUACCAUAAAUUAUCUCUAGAUGGUAAACUAAUAAUUCACACAAAAGAAAAAUCAUGAGUGUAAUGGAAUUGGGAAACCCUUUGCUGUAAGGCAGAUUUCCAGGAAGCUUAGCAAGAUUACAGAAAAGUCUCUGAAAAUGUAACAUGUCUGAAAGAAUUGUUAGCAUCACAAAGUGGAGGAUAGCUCAAGUGCAUGUGUUUUUGUGACCUGGCAUCCAAAUUGGUAUCUCUUUUUCUUUGAUGAAUUCCUUGUUUAUUUAUUGAACAGAUUUAGAGACAAAGUAUUCCUGUCCAUUGAUUUACUAUCAUAUGCCCACAAUUGCCAUGGUAAGGUCUAUGGCAAAAUCUGAGUGCUGAGGGCUGUGAAUCUGAUUCAUCACGGAUAAUGCUGAAGACAUUGGUUCCUGGUUUUUACACCGCUAUGCAUGGAAAUGUUUUUCUAAUUUCUUUUUCAAAGAGUUCAUUGUUAAUAUAAAGAAAUGCUCCUGAUUUUUAAAAUUUUAUUUAAAUAAUUUGUGAUCAGUGUGUACUAGUCAGACAUUAUUACAGGGUGUAGUGCAGUAUUUGUACACAUUUACACAGUAGAAACUGAUCAAGCUAAGCAACUACAGUUUUAUCAAUUUGUUUAAAGAUUUAUUUAUUUGAAAGACAGAGUUACAGAGAGAAGUAGCAGCAGAGAGAGAGAGAGGUCUUCCUCUGCUGGUUCACUCCCCAGAUGGCUGCAAUGGCUGGAGCUGUGCCAAUUUGAUGCCAGGAAACAGGAGCUUCUUCCAGAUCUCCUACUUGGGUUCAGGGACCCAAGGACUUGGGCCAUCUUCUACUGCUUUCCCAGGCCAUAGCAGAGAGUUGGAUUGGAAGAGGAGCAGCCUGGACUAGAACUGGUGCCCACGUGGGAUGCUGGUGCUUCAGGCCAGGGUGUUAGCCCACUGUGCCACAAUGCUGGCCCCCAAGCAACUACAGUUUAAUUCUUCUCCAUGAUUUGAGACUACCAGCUCCUCUCUUCCAGUUCUUUACACAGAACCUAAUAUGGUUGAAUGUAGUCAUCUCAUUAUAUUAUGGAACACCAGAAGUUCCUUCUGCCUCUUUGUAUUUUGUUACCUAUUAUCCAAUCCCCUUCUAUCCCUAGCUGCUUCCCUUCUCAGCCUCUAAUAAUCACAGUUCUGUGUUCAGAUCCAUUAUUUUCUUUCACUUCCACAUGUGACAAGGACUAUGUGACAUUUAUGUUCCUGUUUCUGGCUUAUUUCAAUUAAUUUAAUAAUAUUUUGUUCUUUUUUGUAUCUAAAUGAUGUUCCCCUGUCCAUUUUUUUCAUUGAUGGACAGCUAGAUUGGUUUCAAAUCAUGGCUGCAGUGAACUGUGUUAUGGGAAAAUUGCUGUAUCUUUGAUAUGCUCUUCUCAUUUCCUUCUAAUAAAAUUUCCUUCUUAUAUAUAGCCAAGAGCAAGAUAACUGUCAAAUAGUACGUCAAUUUUUAUCUUUAUUUUAAAUUUUUGUUAUUUAUUUGAAAGAGUUACAGACAGAGGUAGAGACACAGAGAGGUCCUCCAUUAGCUGGUUCACUCUACAGAUGACUACAAAGGCUGGAGCUGUGCCAUUCUGAAGCCUGGAAACAGGAGCUUCCUCUGGGUCUCCCACGUGGGUGGAUGGGCCCAAGGACUUGGGCCAUCUUCUUCUGCUAUCCCAGGACAUAGCAGAGAGCUGGAUUGGAAGAAGAGCAGCUGGAACUAGAACUGGCACCCAAAUGGGAUGCUGGCCCUUCAGGCCAGGGUUUUAACCCACUGCACCAUAGUGCUGGCCCAAAUUUUUAUCUUUUUUAAGGAGUGACCAUACUGUUCUCCAUAACAACUGUACUAAUUUGUAUUUUCACCCACCAUAUAUGAAGGUUUUCUUUUCCCAUAUGCUCUCUAGCAUUUGUUAUUUUUUAUCAUUUUGGCAUAAAGAUGAUAUAAUAUUGUU